CCUCCGUUGCACCGUACUUCGAUCCCAUCUUAACCGGCGGUUCAAACUUUCACCGGCGAUCUCGUGGUUUCUCUCGCCAUCAUCUUGACCCGCUGUGUGAUUUUUUUCGAAAGGGACUUGGCAUGCUUAUAAGCAGAUAUAUAUAUAUAAGAGGUUGAAAUGCGUGGUGUAAGAUCUGUUAUGAGCAGUCAAGGCGUUCGACCAAGGCUGAGGAUAGUUGGCGUUGUGGUUUUAGCUGCAUGGAUUGGGCUUGCGGCUUUGUUUGGUCUGCUAAAACCUAUAAAGAAUGGUUGCACUAUGACUUACAUGUAUCCUACUUACAUUCCCAUCUCUGUGACGGACGGUGCAACUCCUCCUGGGAGAUAUGGGCUCUAUCUUUACCAUGAAGGAUGGAGGAAGAUUGAUUUUAAGGAACACAUCAGUAAACUUAGCGGAGUUCCAGUUCUUUUCAUUCCGGGUAACGCCGGUAGCUACAAGCAGGUCAGGUCUGUGGCAGCAGAAUCUGAUAGAGCAUUCCAGGGAGGCCCAUUUGAGCGCACAUUCUACCAGGAAGCUUCUCUAUUCCGUGGGGAAGGAGAAGAUACAGAGUCUGUAGAAUAUGAUUUGUCUAGUCAAUACAGUAACAGAAUAGACUGGUUUGCGGUGGAUCUUGAAGGUGAACAUUCUGCAAUGGAUGGUCGCAUACUUGAGGAGCACACUGAAUAUGUCGUAUAUGCCAUUCACAGGAUCUUAGAUCAAUAUAAGGAAUCUCAUGAUACCAGAGAAAGAGAAGGUGCUGCUGUCUCCAGUAAUUUACCUUGUAAUGUAAUAUUGGUUGGCCACUCUAUGGGUGGUUUUGUUGCCAGAGCUGCUGCAGUACAUCCUCGUUUGCGGAAAUCAGCUGUGCAAACCAUUCUAACACUCUCAAGUCCGCACCAAUCACCUCCUCUGGCAUUGCAGCCAUCCUUGGGGCAUUACUUUUCUCGAGUGAACCAAGAAUGGAAAAAAGGUUAUGAAGUACAAACAUCCCCUGGAGGAAGUUACGUAGCCGACCCAUUACUUUCUGGAGUUGUUGUGGUAUCCAUUGCUGGUGGCUACAAUGAUUAUCAGGUGCGAUCAAAGUUAGAGUCACUUGAUGGCAUUGUCCCUGCAAGUCACGGCUUUAUGAUAAGUAGUACAAGCAUGAAAAAUGUCUGGCUGUCAAUGGAACAUCAAGCUAUUCUGUGGUGUAAUCAACUGGUUGUUCAAGUUUCACAUACCCUUCUUAGUUUGGUGGACUCAAAAACUGGUCAGCCAUUUUCCGAUACUCAGAAGAGGCUUUGGAUUUUGACCAGAAUGCUUCAAAGUGCAUUAGCACAAAGCUUCAAUGGAGUGACACCUAUGAAAAUUUCUAAUGAGUUGCCCAUGUUAGCCUCCAAGGGCUCUGAAUCACAAAUUUCAUCAUGUCCCCUGGAUUGGAGGGAUGAUGCUCUCGAUAGGGAUCUUUACAUACAAACAAGUACUGUUACAAUUUUGGCAAUGGACGGGAGAAGGCGUUGGUUGGACAUAGAAUUGUUGGGAUCAAAUGGAAAGAACCACUUUAUCUUUGUUACAAAUCUGGCGCCUUGUUCUGGAGUAAGACUCCAUCUAUGGCCUGAGAAGGAGAAAUCAAAUUCAAAUUUACCGGUUUGUGAAAGGGUUGUCGAAGUUACGUCAAAGAUGGUUCUCAUUCCAGCAGGCCCUGCACCAAAACAGUCGGAGCCAGGGAGUCAAACCGAGCAAGCUCCCCCAUCUGCAGUGCUGAAGCUAGAGCCUGAAGACAUGCACGGAUUCAGAUUCUUGACUAUUUCAGUUGCGCCUCGCGAAGCAGUAUCCGGUAGACCUCCUGUGGCGGUUUCUAUGGCAGUGGGGCAGUUCUUUAACCCUAAAGAAGGGGCCAUGGAGGUCUCAUCUCAAUCAAUGCUCUUAUCUGCUUACUGGACAAAGGAUAUAUUUCUGAAAGAGGACCAUCCUCUAGCUUACAAUUUAUCGUUUGCUACCAGCUUAGGUCUACUACCCAUAACAUUGUCCCUGAAAACUGCUGGAUGUGGAAUUAAAACUUCUGGUCUACCAGAUGGCGAGACAGGAGACUUGGACAAGGAUAAGCUUUGCAAAUUGCGUUGCUUCCCACCUGUUGCCCUUGCCUGGGAUUCUGCUUCUGGACUUCAUGUGUUUCCAAAUCUCUACAGUGAGACAAUAACUAUUGAUUCUUCACCAGCGCUUUGGAGUUCUCAGAGUCCUGAGAAAACUACUGUUAUGCUACUGGUUGACCCUCAUUGCUCAUACACCGCAACCGUUCAUGUCUCUGCUCCUGCCAUGUCCAGCAGAUUUGUACUUCUAUAUGGUCCUCAGAUAGUUGGCUUCUCGUUUGCCGUUAUAUUGUAUGCUCUCAUGCGGCAAGCUAAUCAGUGGAACCAGAAUUUAUCUGUGCCACCAUUGCUCUCUGCUGUAGAGUACAACUUGGAAAUGCCAUCCCCAUUUCUGAUUCUAGCUGCGAUCCCUCUUCUGAGUUCGUUGUUCUUCUCCUUCGUAAUGGCUCAACCAAUUCCUCCCCUCACAAGCUUCACAAUGGUCUCGUUGAUUUGUUAUUUGUUGGCCAAUGCCUUCAUCAGUGUGUUAAUUAUUGUCUCCAAAUUUGUCUUACAAGCGUUGGCCCUCGUUCACACCACUGUUAAAUCUAGGUGCCAAGCUUUGGAAAGAAACUAUUCUUUUGCUUUUCUUCGUUGGUUUUCUAUACUUGCUUCCAGUUUCGUCUGUUUAAAGGCAAUCCGCAUUCUAAAGCUCAACACCACAAUCGUAAUGACACUAGUCGCGGUUACCUUGGUGACCUUUGUUCAUCCAGCGUUGGGUCUUUUUGUACUCCUCGCCUCUCAUGCCCUUUGCUGCCAUAACUCAAUGUGCUGUAUCAUGAUGGCAUCGAAGAGAAAGGAGUCAGUCGAUCAGAAAAACGAAGCUGAGCGUAAGAAUCGACAUCCUUCAAGCAGACAGGAAUCUUUAUCAGUAGGCUCGUCUGAAAAAUCAUUUGUGGAGACCCAAGCAGACAUCUUCAACCACAGGCACGGCUUACUAAUAUUGCAUCUCCUUGCGGCUUUGAUGUUUGUACCCUCUCUUGCCGCUUGGUUCCAGAGGAUUGGAACGGGACAAAGUUUCCCAUGGUUUGCUGACUCGGCUCUCUGUGUUGGCGUUAUCUUCCACGGAGUACUUAACUCGAGACCAGAGUCAAGCAUCCUACGAUCUUUCCCAUCUCUUCUGGGACACCAACUCGGUCCCCAUCACAUGUAUUUCCUUGCCGGCUACUGCUGCUUCUUCUCUGGACUAGACUUGGCUCCAUACAAAGUGUUCUACGCCAUUGCUGCGUUAGGCUACAUCUCCUUGACUCUUAAGAUCUCACAGGUGAACAAAAACGACUUUCGUUUCCGUACCAAAAGCAGGAUACACAGAAACUGAGUUUUGAAGUUGAAUUAUAGAAAGAUUCAGCCCUCGGAUCUUCACCGCUCCGAAACAGCGACCCAACCGGCCAACCCUAAAGGCCAGGUGGGUUGCGUAGGGAUUUUUAAGCCGGGAAAGUUUUGUUGCGGUUUCAAACUUCUCCAAAAAAAUUAUUAAAGUGUUCGUUGAGUUUGUAACGUUUUUAUUUCACGUGUUGUUGUGUUUGUAUCGCUUAAUGUGUUUUGACUCAAAUCCAGGUUCAUGAAUUUUGAAAAAAA